GCGUGCCUACGCGCCGUGCGGGCUGCGGCGUCGGCCGUUGGCGCGGCUUGGGCGGUUGUCUUGGAGAAGCAAGAUGGCGGCGACGGCGGCCGCGGUGGUGGCGGAGGAGGACACCGAGCUGCGGGACCUGCUGGUGCAGACGCUGGAGAACAGCGGGGUCCUGAACCGCAUCAAGGCCGAACUCCGAGCUGCUGUGUUUUUAGCACUAGAGGAGCAGGAAAAAGUAGAGAACAAAACUCCUUUAGUCAAUGAGAGCCUGAAAAAGUUUUUAAAUACAAAAGACGGCCGGCUGGUGGCUAGUCUCGUGGCGGAAUUUCUUCAGUUUUUUAACCUUGACUUUACCUUGGCUGUUUUUCAACCUGAAACCAGCACGUUUCAGGGUCUGGAAGGUCGAGAGAACAUAGCCCGGGAUUUAGGUAUUAUUGAAGCAGAAGGUACUGUGGGUGGACCCUUGUUGUUAGAGGUGAUCAGACGCUGUCAGCAGAAAGAAAAAGGGCCAAGCAGCGGGGAGGGGGCUUUCCACCUGUCUGAUGUGCAUUCUCCACCGAAGUCCCCAGAGGGGAAGGCAGGUGCACACACCCCUCACAGCAAGAUACCAAGGUAUAAAGGACAAGGUAAGAAGAAGACAAGCGGGCGGAAGUCUGGCGCCAAGGCCAGCAGUGAUGCUAGUCAGAGCGACGCCAGUAUGUCGUCCUCGGAGCCGAAGAGCAGGGGGAGUCUUCCCUUACUGGCGGCCGAAAGUAAAGUUGGAUCUUUGUUAAGCACCCAGAGUCUGGAGGGUAGAGACGGAGCUGGGCUUGGUCCAGGGGAGGAGGACGUGGAGGGAGAUUCGUUCUUCGAUGACCCCAUUCCUAAACCAGAAAAGACGUACGGGUGGAGAAGUGAGCCUGGGAAGCAGGUAGGAAGCCUCGCCUCGCUCUCUGACGCGCCCCCUCUAAAAAGCGGACUCAGCCCCCUCGCUGGCGCGCCCUCGCUGAAGGGCUCCGAAGGUAAAAGGGGAAACACAAUUUUGAAAGAUCUUAAAUUGGUCGGUGAUAAAAUGGGAUCGCUCGGAUUAGGGGCUGGAGAAGAAGAUGACUAUGCUGAUGAUUUUAAUAGUACCAGCCAUCGCUCAGAAAAAAGCGAGCUGAGUAUUGGUGAGGAGAUUGAAGAAGACCUCUCUGUGGAGAUAGACGAAGUCAAUACCAGUGAUAAGCUUGAUGACCUGACGCAGGACCUGACUGUGUCCCAGCUCAGUGACGUCGCGGACUACCUGGAAGACGUUGCUUAGGCGCCACGGAAGGAAGUGUUGCCAUCGGCCAAGGACAGAGGGGACCCCGACCAGUUCCUUUUUUUGUCCCAGACCAUCACUCUGCUGGGACGUCUGCUCCCCGUUGGUGCCUUGUGUUUCAAAAGACUACAGCUAUUUUUAAAAAGUAACUUUUCAUUUUACUAAACAAAAUACUUCCUAUUUGAGCCCACACGUGGAAGAUUCCAUACUCUUGAUUUGGCCUAGUACACGUUUCUCUGUGGAGGUUGAUUUUCUAGGCUCAGAUUUCCUACAAGGCGCGAGCCCGUGAAAACGGCAGUGUUGCCGCGUACGGAAGGCACGGGUGCAGCCGAGGCCGCCCGCGGGUGUGCCUUGGUGCCAGCCGCCGGUCGGAGCGCUGGCAGUAGCUGGUCCUGCUGGCGGUUGCCAGGCGGCCUGGGAACGGUAGGCCCGAAGCCCAUCGCUCUAAGUUACAUGUGAUAGGUCGACUUUCUUUCUCUUUCCUUCCAUUGGGAAGGCUUGUUAGACCGUUCAGGUUUCAUUAACAUAUCUUGUGUGCUCCGCAGUUUCGCUUGUUUUGAAGAAAUCCAGAGAUGGUUGUGACUUUUGAGUCAUGGAAUUGUCCCUGACAGCCUUUGUGGUCCCUGCCCUGUGUCCCUAGAAGAAGCUUUACUCACAGUUUUCUCGUCAGUAUAGUUAUAAUUUAUUAUUUGUAAAGAUGCCUUGAAACAUAUGAACUACCAAAUGCAUCUGAAACCAUUAAGCAAUGCCUUUAUUUCAGGUCUGUAAGUUGGUUAUGUCAACAUCCACACUGGACGGUGCGGUAGUACUGGCCUGAGACCUCAUCCGCCUUGAGGAGCCUUGCGCACGGUCCAUAGUUUCAUUGCAGCCCUUUCAGGUGGAGCCAGUGGUAGGUGUUCAGGCGGACUUGUUUACAUUCUGUCCAUCGUGCUGCUCUUGCGGGAGGUUGCUGAUACUAGUGACUCUGACGUGUUCGCCGUUAGAAGUGACACCUGCAUGUUCAAUUGGUGUAAGUCAAGCUGUGAUACAUUCGGUACUUUCAAAUUUCAAUUAAAGCUCUUUCUUAAAAGUCGCCUUUAUUAAUAAAGGGAGCAAACCGGGCCUGACUCGCUGGUCUCAGUAAGUGAAGAGUUUGUGGUUUGUAUAAUGCCCGUUUUUCGUUUCGUAUUAAUCUAAACAUUGCAAACGUAUUUACUGGCUCUAAUGUGGAACGGGAAGUGAUGACGCGAGGAUUCAGGUUCCGUGACUUUAGCCUGAGCCACGAGCGCCAGGAGGAAGCAGGGCGCCAUUCGGGCCAGGACAGCCUGGGAGCUGCUCCGUCGCCCCGGCCUCCACUGCAGGUUGUGACCUCGGUCAGGUCAGGCUGUUCCUGUGUCACGUGAGUACGAAGCGCGGCUGCAAGUCCCCAGCGAGCUUGUUAGAAGUGCAUUUCCUCAGACGUCAUCUCUGCAAAGACUCCCUUUCUGUGCAGGUCAUAGGUCUGUGGUGGAAUCUGCAUCAAAGGUGUGAUUUGGUCUUUGUAUUAUUUGGUGGGAGCUGGAUUUCAGGAGCGUGAUGGGAAAUCCUUUCAGUGGAAUGAUUGUCAGAGGUGGCGUUUUAAUUUCGUGGAAAGCUUUUGACGAGUAGCAUCGGAUAGUAUUUUUCUUUCACCCAUAGAAUCCGACCUUUGGACAGUGUCUGGGAGGACGGGUGGAGAGUGCAAGUAGGAGAUGCCUCUGGCAGCAGCUCUCCUGUUUUGUGGCUGCACCCGAGUCCUACAGAAGUUCCCAGGCAGGGGAGCUGCAGCUGCCACCUAGCCACUGCAGAGAUGGUGCCUUAUCCUCAGCCCACUGCGCCACAGCGGGAGCUCCUGUCAGUGCUGCUGCUGAUCACAUCGUUUGAAUGAUGUAAAAUGCAGCUGACAACGCUGUUUCUACAUGUGUUCCUUGAGUAAGUAGGUUUUCAGUGUGAUUGGUGUUUUCUUUCUGUUAAGAAAUACAUACUGAAUUUUUUUUUUUUUGCUUUUUAGUGUUGCUCCCGUGGCAUUUGGAGGUUCCCAGGCUAGGGGUUGAAUUGUAGUUGUAGCUGCUGGCCUGCGGCACAGCCACAGCAACACCAGAUCUGAGCCACAUCUGCAACCUACACCAUAGCUCAUGGCAACGCUGGAUCCUUAACCCACUGAGUGAGGCUGGGGAUCGAACUGCAUCCUCAUGGAUGCUAGUCAGGUUUGUUCACCACUGAGCCACGACAGAAACUCCAAGGGGUCGAAUCUCAAAUCAGAGCUGUAGCUGCCAGCCUACACUACAGUCACAGACGACGCGAGAUCCGAGCCCCGUCUGUGACCUACACCACAGCUCAUGGCAGCACUGAGCUGUGACCCACUGAGCGAGGCCAGGGACCAAACCCGAGUCCUCGGCAUCCUCACGGACACUAGUCCGGUUCAUUUCUAUUGCACCACAACAGGAACUCCCAAGAAAUACGUAUUGGAAUAUCAACCCAGGAUAUAACCUUUUUAUGCCAAGACUUGUGUCUUACAUUGGAGUUUUUGAAAAUGUCUGUCAUAUGUUGAUGAAAGUCUUGUUUUAUUGAUGAUGAGUAAAGUGAAUAAAAGCUCACGCCUUUUA